ACAAUGAGAGAGCAGAGGUUGAGAGAGACAGUGUAACAAUUGGGGGUGACAUAGAGAAUGAGCGAGCUGGGGCUAAGAGAAACAGUGCAACAAUUAGGGGUGACAUAGAGAAUGUAAGAGUUGGCGCUUUGACAGACAAUGAAACUUCUGAUGGAUCGGAUUUUCAUGACAGUGAAUAUGAUGUAGAAGAAGAUGAGAAAAUGUUUGAGACUUAUGUUGAUAUGGAUGUUGAAUGGGCAAGUGUGCCUAACAUUGGAAAGGGUGUGGAAAAGGAGAAAUCAAUAGACCAUGGUGAUGCUGAGAAUGAUGAGGUUGAGUCUGAUUAUAGACCAUCAAAUGAACUAUUGAGCAUAGAUGGUUUCUCAUUAGAUAAAGAUAGUAAUAAAAGGAGAAUGCCAAAGUACCCUGAGUUUAGGGCUGAGACUGAUAUGAAGAAUCCAACAUUCAAGCUGGGGAUGCUUUUUGGAUCACCUGCUGAAUUCAUUCAAUUAGGGAGGGAAAACAAAUAA